AUGUUCCACGAAUAUGAGUCAACUGAUCCAGUCGAAGCUGCUGCUAUUGACCAGCAAAUCGCGGUUCCACAUGAUGACAUGUUGAAGCGCCACCAGUGCUUUAAGCGAGGUGAAACGACGACGAGUUUGGUGUACGUAUUGCCUUUUGAUGGCCGUUUUAACUCACGAAACCUUCACAAAGCCGAAUCUCAGAGGAAAGCCGACACCACCAUGCGUUCGAGUCAAGAAAGCCUCGAUUCCAACAGAUCGGAAAAAUCAGGCGGAGUGGUCUCCUCCUCCUCUUUUAAGCUUGUCGGCAUACAGCGUGAUCUAAAUCCCACCUUGGUUCAAGCCCAUCGUCUGGAUCAAUUGGUGGAAGCCUACGCAAACAUUCUCGCCGCAGUGGGUGAGAAUGUUCAACGUCCCGGGCUGCUAAAGACCCCCGAGAGAGCAGCCAAGGCACUACUCUAUUUCACAAAGGGUUAUGGAGAAAGAGUGAGUGACGUUCUAAAUGACGCAAUUUUUGACGAAAACCAUGGCAAACUUGUGGUGGUGCGAGACAUCGAGAUGUUUUCCAUGUGUGAACACCAUAUGAUCCCAUUCAUGGGACGAGUAUCGGUGGGCUAUCUGCCCAAUGGAAAGGUGAUUGGUUUGAGUAAGAUUGCAAGGAUCGUGGAGGUGUUUUCACGACGUCUGCAAGUACAGGAGCGGCUGACACGCCAGAUCGCCGAGGCGAUGAUGGCCGCGCUUCGACCUCGUGGUGUGGGUGUGGUAGUAGAGGCCACCCAUAUGUGCAUGGUGAUGCGUGGAGUUCAAAAGGUCAAUGCAUUUACUGUAACCUCGGUGAUGAUGGGUGAGAUGGAGGAAGAUGCAAAGUACCGACACGAGUUUUUAAUGAUGAUUGGCAAGAACUAA